GUUCGCGAUAUGUACAGCUGGACUGACGUGGCCGCCAGGACCCUCAGGGUGUACGAUGACGUCAUGAUGACGCCCUGGGCCGACGGCCUGCUGCCGCGCCUCAGGCGCUGCGCGCGCGCGGGCCCCUGGGCGGGCCCAAUCUGGUGCUGUGCGCUCGUGCUGCUGCACUGGUGGUGGGUGGCGCUGGAGUGGUGGCGGCCGGCGGCGGGGAUUGAGCGGGCGCCGGACUGGCCGCUGGCCGCGUGGGGCGAGCAGCCCGCUGAGGCCGCUGCUGCUGCUGCUGCUGCUGCUGCUGUCGGGACGGGCAGCCGCCGGCGCGGCAAGCAGAGGGAGGAGGUGGCCCCAGGGCUAGGCCGGGGCGCCGAGCAAGGCGGCGGCGGCGGGGGCGGCGGGGCGCGUGAAGCCGCUGUGCUGCAAGAAGGGGCGGAGGAGCGUGGCGCGGGCGAGGCGGGCGGCGACCCUGCACAGGGCGGCCGGCUGCGGCAGCGAGUGCGCGUGAAGCAAGGCCUGGCAGCCCAACGAGGAGCGACGUAG